AUGGGCUCGCCUUCCGAUACCACACACGUAGUGCCGACACACCAGCGGAUCACCUCUUCGAAGCAGUGGGUGCUCGACCACCGCAGGGAGCCGACCGGGCGACACGCCGGCGGUGGCAGCAGGGCCGCUGGCACGCCAGCGGCGCCUGCCGCGGACAGGGAGACCAAGAGACGACUGAAGGAGCUCGAGACCGCGAGGCUGCAGCUCGAGUACGACUCCGUGAAGCAGGAGAACGACAAGCUGAAGAAGGUGAUCGUGCGGUUGAAGCAGGAGAUCCAGGUGUACAGCGGGCUGCUCGCCAGCGAGCAGCCCCAGCGGCAGCAGCCGCUGGACGAGCUGCUGAUCAGCAAGAGCAAGAGAAGGAAGAAGUCGCUCGAGCCCGGCCCCGGCCAGGACCCAGAGGCCGCGGUGACCAGCGACGACAUCCUGCUGAUGAACACGCUCACAGACGUGCUGGCCCAGAUGCAGCAGCCUUAG